CAAACUGAUGUCAGCGUUGUGUUAGAUUUUGUGAGAAAAUAGUUUUUAUUGUGUUGUUUUAAGUGAUUCUUCGAACAUUUCGUCUUAUUAUUCUCUGACAUCAAUACUUUUGAGGCGUAAAUCGUCUUAUGUUUAUUCGGUGACACGUGAUUUAGGUGUGUUUCUGAAAUGACAAUGGCGAAUAACAGGAUACCAUCAGGACCCAAUACGCCUGGCAGUCAGCAAACGCCUACACAACAAGGAAUAAAAAUAUUCAUUCAAAGAGAUUAUUCUGAAGGGACUGCUGUUAAGUUUCAAACAAGGUUUCCUCCUGAGCUAGAAGACAGAAUAGACAGACAAACAUUUGAAUACACAAUGGAGAGAUUGAACGAACACUUUGAAAUGGCUGAGACGGCAGAUUGCAGUACUUACUGUGAAGGCUGUCUAGCCUGUCUCACAGCUUACUUUAUUUACAUAUGCACGGAGACACAUUAUGAAAAGCAUCUUCGAAAAAUAUCGAAGUUCAUAGCGACGCAGAAUGAAAGAGUGUACAAUCCUCGAGGAAUACACAUAACCGAUCCAAUACUUAGGGGCCUCCGAGUUAUAGAAAUAACAAUAAUAGAUUUACCUAAUUGCCAAAGCCCCACCGGUAAUUCAAAUAACACACAAAUGAGGCACACUUGACCACCACACGAAAACCGGGAGUUCUUUAUGUAACAAUCAAGGUACUGGUUUUAAACCAAUAACUAUUUUAAACUAUCAAUGGUGUAAAUUUAGAAUAUUGGGCACAACAUGCAAAACACGCCACAAGUUAUUCCAAGUGUGUUAAGUUUAAAUACACAUUAAGUUAUCUUGUCUUUUGAAGUUAUUUUCAUCCUAACUUUUAACCUAGCUGACUUAAAAAAGUUUUUGUGUAUGUACAGUACCUUUGUUCGCGCUAUUUCACGUGCAGUGCCUCACUCCUUGCUAAACUAAACUCCAUAUUUUUCUUCAGGAACAAAUUGCUU